AUGUCUAUUAAUAUUCCGAAGACCAGCGUGGGCACGUCUGGUGUCCGUAACGACAUGCUGGGAGGUCUGCGCCUCCGCAAUGAAGAGACCAACGAGGUGAUACUCAUACCAUCCCCGACGAAUGAUCCCAAUGAUCCGCUGAACUGGUCCAAGCCAUACCGUUUCUACAUCGCCAUACUCGUCUCCUGCGCCAUUUUCUUCAGCAACUUCCUGGCGGCUGGGCCUUCUGUCGCCAUCGUCAGUACCACCGAGUCCUUCUUUGGUCCACCUGGUUCCGAUUUCGAUGACAAAGUUGCCAAGAUUGCCUAUUUCUUCACCACCACUGCUCUUCUCCAGGGCAUGGGAAACCUGAUAUGGAUGCCUUUCGUCACAAAGUACGGCCGUCGACCUAUCUAUGUCGCGUCCUUCAUACUCUACACAGCCUUCGCUGCUUGGGCUGGUGGUGCAACUACAUACGGCAGUGCCUUGGCUGCACGCAUCCUCAUGGGCUUUGCGUCAGGUGUCGCUGAAUGUCUGGCCCCCUUGACUAUCUCGGACCUGUUCUUCUUGCACGAGAGAGGUGCCGUCAUGGCGAUAUAUACCACGGCACUAUCCUCUGGUGUAGGUGUUGGAAUCAUUGUUGCUGGACUCAUUACCAUCAACCUGAGCUGGCAGUAUAUCUACUGGGUUUCGGUGGCUUUGAUUGGAGCGUGUACCAUUCUGAUCAUCUUCACGUUCCCUGAGACUGUCUACAACCGCCAGGAAACUCCAGAAGCAACACAUACACAUAUUGAUUCCAAUACCGCUCAUACCCCGCAUUGCAAAGAUAAGAAUAAGGAUAUUGAGAAGGUUCAGUCUGACGAAGCCUCGACAUCUGGACACCUAUCUUAUUCUCCAUCCCCAAAGCGCACGUUUUGGCAAGAUUUGUCCCUGUACAGCGGUACACACACGAAAGAGCCCUUGCUCAAGCUAUUCUUCCGGCCAAUUGUUCUCCUCACCCUUCCUCCAGUACUUUGGGCUACCCUCGUCAUGUCUGUUACGAUUGGCUUCCUCGUUGCCAUCAGUUCCAACUUUGCUGUAGCUUUUGACGAUAUUUAUGACUUCGAGCCGUGGCAAUCUGGCUUAUGCUUCAUUUCGUGUCCCAUAGGAGCCGGUGUUGGAGCAUUCUUUGGAGGUCACUUCAGUGACAAGGUGGCGGAUCGACUGACUCGCAACAAUGGUGGCAUUCGAGAGCCGGAGAUGCGACUGCCUGCUAUUCUCAUCUCGCUUGUGAUGGCGCCGCUUUCCCUGGUCCUGUAUGGCGUAGGCAUCGACCGCAGUUGGCACUGGGUUGUACCUACCGUCGGCCUAGGUCUUUUGAACCUGGCAAUCGUUCAAGCUACCAACAUAAGCUUGGUCUACACCAUUGACAGUUACCGUCCUGUUGCAGGAGAGUUAGCAGUCACGCAGCUAGCAUUCAAGUCUGCUUUUGGGUUUCUCCUCUCUUUCUACACUAAUCCGUGGAUUAAUAUGAGUGGAUAUGCUAAUGCAUUUGGUGCCAUGGCUGGAAUCUCGGGAGCGGUUAUUUUGUGCUGGGUACCUAUGUAUAUUUGGGGUCGAAGGAUCCGCCAUGCUACCUGGAACUGGGGCUACAUCGAGAAAUUUGUUCACUGGAAUGUGGAUCGUGAGCGUUAUGGCGCAGGUCAUGCUACCACCGACAUAGAACAGCCCAGCAACAUCACAACCAUCCACUGUGACAAUGAUCAUCUUGUCAUUCCUACUCUGGCAGUCACAAGCGAUAUGAGCGCUCCAGCCGCGACAAAGAGACGCCUAUCGUCUCCUCAACAAAACCCUUUCCAAUGCUCCUAUUGUCAACGCUCGUUCGGGCGCGUGGACCACCUCACCCGCCAUAUACGAUCUCGUCAGUGGCAGCAGUAUAACGGAUACCCGUCUCUCAAAGUACUCACACUCGUUAUAGAUGCGCAAGAUAAACCGUUUCGUUGUCACAUUUGCGACAAAGCCUUUGGGCGCCAAGAUAUCCUCAAACGUCAUGUGCUUGGACAUAAUAGCACCGAGUCCGGUGCUAAGCGAUACAAGCGCAUGUCGAAUGCCGCACCCAGAGUUUCCCAGGCUUGUAAAGCUUGUGCGGGAUCUAAACUCAAAUGCGAUGAGGAUGCCUCCUGCAGACGCUGUGUGGCCAAAGGGAUCACCUGCGAGCGAGAUACUCGAUUUACAGAUACAGGAGACAAGACAUCACCAGGUACUAACAUCCAAUCUACCAUAGAUCAAGAACUGUCGAUACCUGUCUUCGACCCCGGCCACCUGUGCUUAUCAGAGGAUGACUUCUCCAAGUUCCUAAAAGGUGUCAUGACCCCCGUAGAGGGACAGGAGAGCCGGCCAAUCGAUCAAGCCGACCUGACCAGUAUUCAUAACAUUUACAAUCCGCUUCCGUCCCAUGGCCUCUUGGACUUCCGGGUCGAUGGUGAUACGAGGUUCGACGAUGUUGCCAUGGACCUCUGGGACUUGCCCUGCAGUCCAUCCUUUUACUACAACGGAAUACUGCUGGAACCAAAAGCAUCCGUGUCCGUCAACCUUGAUAUUCAACCGCCGAACUCAGCCAACAAUGCUCGUCCAGCUGUGUUAGGCCAUGUGGCAUAUAAGGAAUCAGCACUCGGAAUGUGGGAGCCUUCACAGAAUGACCACCUCAACUCCAACAUAAAGGCUCUGUCAGUUCUUGGCGACAGUCCCCAGGACGCCAUCCAACUAAACAGCUUGGAGGCAAGUAUUCAGCGGUUCAAACCACUCUCGGUUGGUCUGAGAGACCAAUUGCUGCUGUUAACAUUGAAUGCUUGUAAGCCGGAAAGCAAGCUCGCCAUCAUCAGAGCAUUUCCUCACUCCGAGAUUCUGUCCAAGCUCAUCGAGAGCUUCUUUUCUCACCAUCGUGUUCAAACCGACUCGUGGAUACAUGGCCCUUCGUUCGAACCAAACCAACAGGGUGCAGAGCUUAUUCUCACCAUUGUCAACAUGGGCACCAUGUUUGCCGAUUCUAAGAUCUUGCAUUCGCUUGGUUUUGCUCUCCAUGAGGUGGCUCGUUUGUCGCUACCUAUAAUGUUUGAAAGUGCAAAUUCCAUGACUAGAAUUCUCUGGGCUCUCCAAGCGUUUGUUCUGGAUAUUGAGAUGGGGCUGUGGAGUGGCAUUAAGAGGAAGAUGGAAAUUGCAGAAAGUCAGCGCCAGAUGCCCUUCACAAUGCUACGGCGUGGUAGAAGAUUUAGCAAAGCCUAUCCUGCCGCUGAUCCUCCUUUGCCAGAAGACACAGGCGAAACCUUGCAGAAUAAGUGGCUUGCCUGGAUUGAGCAAGAAAAUUACAACAGACUCAUCUAUCACUGCUUUGUUAUAGAUACUCAAGUCAGUAUUGCUAUGUCAACAUGUCCCUUGAUAUCUUUCUCGGAGCUCAAGACGCCUUUGCCAGAGUCUAGCGAUCUAUGGCUUGCCAAAGAUGCAGAAGCAUGGAAAGCUAUAUACUUGAGUGAGCAGCGCCAACACACAAGGGUUACACUGUACGACUACUUCCGCAAUGCUGCAGAGAUUGACAGCAGCUAUGAUGUUUCGUUUUGUCAGCUUGUCAUCCUCUCGGGUAUCUGGGGGAUGGUUUGGCAAUGUUUACAAACCAUUGCCGUGCUAGACAAGCCGAGACACUCGGACCCAGCAUUGACUCUUCGGCAGCAAGAGAUCCUCCAGAUAUUGAAUCGAUUUCGCGUCAACAUGAUGGGGGAUGAGGCAAGCUGGCAGGAUGGUCCAGUAACCAUGAUGUACCAUCUCGUGUAUAUGCACUUACACAUACCUUUUGAGGAGGUUGAGCUGUUUGCGGGCAAGGGACACCAGAGUGAUGCCCGGCACGCUCUGUCUCUACUCUUAGACUGGACCAACAGCCCAGAGUCACGGAAAGCAAUAUGGUACGCCGGCCAGAUUAUAAGAGCAGCAGAGAAGUUCGACCCUGGUCGUCUCCGGGGCUUUUACACUAUUGCGUUAUAUCAAGCGAACCUUGCCAUUUGGGCCUAUGCGGUGGUGUCACGGGUCAAGGGAACAAAUAAGGAUGGUUCCAUUCACAAAAACGAGAUGGUUUGUUUGAACGGGCCGGAAUCUCCGCUCGUUCAGAGGUUCAUCAGCCGAGGGGUGCCUUCGGUUGCAAUCAUCCAACCAUGUGCACCUCAGCACGGCAGUUCUCCCAUCCGGCUGAUGGACCGGGAGGCGGUUGUGAACUACGUUCUCAGCAUUUUGAGCGCCAAUUUCUCGCACGUCGACGCUAUGCCGCCUUUGGUCGAGAACCUUCAGCAGCUUCUGGACAAGCUGGGCCGAGCCGAAAUCGAUGUAUAG